CCUACUGCGUUGUGAACUGAUCGCGUGAGUACCUAACAACUUGUGUGGAGGCGGUUGCUGCGAACAACUCCUGUUAGCUUCCGGCAAAAUAAAGCGCUUUACGAAAAUUAGCAAGAGAUUAGCGCCUUUUAUGGAAACGCUUGCAGUGUUGGACGGUUGGAUUGAACACUUUUGUUAUAUUUUAGAUGAUUUUCGAUGGUUUUGGAAGAAAUAGCCUUGACUGCGAAGGGAAAAAACAUGUUUUUGUUUGUUUUGUUUUUAACUUGGAAACUUGUUACAUGCUUGCUAAUGCUAUGCUUAUAUGUUCCUUAGCUUUUAGAGUCUACUUUGUUCGUUUUAUAGUUGGUCUGAAUAUGCUUUUUUUUCCCUUCAAACUGCUUUUACCGCUAACCUCGAAUAUUAUUUCCCUAUCACUAUUUUCCACGGAUUUUUGGUCGAUGCAUUCUUUCUCAUUCCCCUGGUUUCCAUCCAGUUUGUUCGAAGUCUGCCAAUGUUUGUUCUUUUCUCAUAGAAUGAAAUUCAUGGCUCAAAUUACUGAAGUGCCAUGUGUCUUGUAGUGACGAGUGCUGACACUGUAAUCGACAAAGCUAUAACAAAACAAAAAUUACAAAUAGAAAACUCUUGCUGACUAAAAGUGAGUCUUUCCCUUUUUUAAACUUUGUUUUGCCAUAUGCCAGGUUUCUCCAACUAAAUGUUUAAACAUGGCAUGGGUCGCCACUGAGCUUUCAUUAAAAAAUCUCUUUGCCCCCCGGCUUGAACAGGUCGCGUGUUUGACAGAAAAACGGGUGGUGGUCGCUUCUAAGAAUAACUCAAGGUCACGUUAUUUAAAGUCCUCCUACGUUUCAGUCAAAUUUAACUACUCGCCAACGACGAGAGCAUUUAGACGCACGAUUUUUUUUUCCACCAGGCUGAAAUUGCCGAUUCGAGAUUCAAUGUUGGAAGAAGGGUCUUCGUUUCGGAGCGUUUCUGCGCUGAAAAUGCCGGGGAAGUGCCUCGAGAAUCAAAACUCCCAGAAGAAACGAGAUCCGUCGUGGCCUGGGAACCCGUCGAAACGACAUCGAGAUCGACUUAACGCCGAGCUGGAUAACCUGGCGAGGUUGCUGCCGUUCCCUGAGGAAAUCGUCACGAAACUCGAUAAAAUUUCUAUUCUCAGACUCACAGUGAGCUAUUUGAGGGCCAAGAGUUUCUUCCAAGUUUCGAAUGGCAGACAUGGGAAAGAAGAAACUUGUGAGGAACUUGUCAGGGAAGUUGAGGGAAAUGGUGUCUUCUCGCAGCUCUCUCUAGAGGUGAGGAGAAAAAAUAUAAAUUACCAUGUGGCUGCUGUCAUUCACCAAAGCAUGUUCAAGUUUUUACAUAUUGAUGACCAGGAUAUGGUAAAAUCCAAUCUGGCCUGGCCAAAGCUUAAUGGCAAAAAGAUUAAAAUGAGAAGUGAAGAAAAAGAUGGUGAAGUAUCAAGUGAUGAUAUAAAAACAGGUUCAGAUGACAAUGACAGUCUUAACCGUUCAUUUACCUGUCGCAUGAAGUGCACUCUGAAUCAUGGUGGUGGAUUUUACAAGCUAUUCAGAUUAUCUGGCCGUCUGAGAGAAAUCCACACUCGCAAGCGAGACAGCCAAGUUGUUGAGUAUGGCAUUUUUGCUAUUUGCUCACCAGCAAGCAGUACACAUUCACACCAUGCAGCAUCAAGCAUUAAAAAAGAGGUUGCCCUGACUGCUCAGAAGAGACUGGAGAGAUCCAACAGUGAACCAGUUUGUGUCAGGAGAACUGGCUUGCCUUUGACGGGCAUGUUGCAUUCUAUGCCCAUCAACCGUCAUUUCUCAGUGGCUGACACUCGCUCUGCUGCUGUCAGUCCUUUAGAAUCUCCUACAACAUCCACUGACUCGGGUCACCCAUCCCCUGAUUCCAGUCAAGGGGGAAAGAUGUUAUUGACAGACUCGGACAUACGAAGUGACAGCAGUGAAGUUUCUCCGCCAUCAAGCAGCAACUCCCAAGAUGUUGAUGGGAGGCUGCUAGCUUCUGAUCGACUAAUGUCUGCCAUCAACAACCCAUUCAUGAAUGUCCAUGGGAUUGAUCGCAAAAGAGCGGCCCAUUUCAUGGAGUCCAGGAGAACUGAUGAUAAAGACCCAACAAAGAAGCGGUCUCGCAGUUUAGCUGAUGCCAGUGAGCUAUUCUUAAGAGAUGGUACAGAUCCCAGAUCCUUGUUCUUCCGAAAUAACCUACCCUCUAUUCCUGAAGUUAAAGUGGAAAAUGGCAAGAAAAGCGAGGAGUGUUCACAUGACAUGCCCAUUAGAAGGCCACUGAACAACCCUGACAGCAGGUUAGAUGCUGCUCAGGGCCUUGUGAAUCUCGGCAACAUGGCUUCCCAGUUUCCUGGGCUUUGUGCCUUUCCUCCUGAGUUUAUGUAUCCUGAUGUCAUGUUUCCACGUGUUGAUAUGCUCCAUGAUCUGCAGCACCUCAGAAAUCCAUUUGACAUCCACAAUGCAUGCUGCUUUGGAAGUGACCCAUACACCGCUGCCUUGGCUAUGAGGCGAUGGCUAAGUAAUCCAGACAUGUUCCGUUCUCAAUUGAAUCCACUCUUAGCAGCUCAAGCAGGCCUUCUGACCCCAGCUGAGAGGCUACGCUUCUUAAAGUUUCCAUUUGGCUACCUGUCACCAUUCCCCAGUCCAUCUCCAUUCGAUCUUGGAACUGCAGCGGCUGCUGCUGCAGGGCUUACAGAGAGGAACCUACCUGAGUACUCCUUGAGGAGCCUCUACCAGAAUGGUCUGGGUCCUGACAUGGCCAGGAGUAAUGCGUCAAAAGAAGCAGAACAGUGGCAUUCUCCAUCCACAGAGAAACAGGUUAUGGAUGGCAGCAGCUCACCAGUAAGCAAGAGAAAAAGCCCUGAGCGUGGUCUAUCAGCCAAGAAGGAUCUAGUCCACAACAGUACUGAGAAAGAGUCAGACAAUGCUAAGGAGGAGUUAUUUGAAGAAAAGAAAAAGUUGGCAAAGGCUAGUAGCACUUCAGAGGAUGAGGAUGAUGAAGAAGAAAAAGUGGAUGUGGUGGGUGGAGUCAAGCCAGCAUCUGGGCUGCGUCAGACAUUUGUUGGAAUUCAGGAAGAGUUCAAUAGCCGACUGGAAAACUUAAACAUGUCAUUUGCCAGAUCCUUGGAUCAAAACAUGACUUGUCCUUAAACAGAGUAAGUCUAAAGGGUCGAUUUAGAUGCUUACAAAUAUGAUUGCUGUGUGGGUCAUGUUUAUGGUAUUACGUGUGUUUAAUUUACAGGCAUGCAUGUUUUUUUCGUGACAGCCAUAAACAGCUUGUGUCGUUGACAUGUUUUUAGCAUGUCCCAUGCAACUUGUAAGCAAAAGGUUGUACUAAAUCGGCCCUGAAGUGUUUGACAUAAUGAAAUGCUGCACUGUAGGUGUCAAGAGAGAUCUUUGGGUCAACUUUUGUUAGACUUUACAUGAAGUACUUGGUUCAAUUUUGACCUUGAGUUAAGAACUAAAACUUCUCCUCCUUAACCCCAAAAUGAGAAGAAAUGGGGUAUUUUCACUACACCAGUUUCUCUUGAAAGAUAUCCUUCAACCAGUUUACAUUGGUGUCAAUCUAUCUGUCUGCCCAUCUGGCCAUCUGUCUGUUUUCUGAUCUUGUUCUUGUAUACAUGUGCCUAAUGACAUAGCAAAAGCAGUCAAAGCCAUUUUGCAAUUUAAGACCCAGAGAUCUUUCUUACUCCUUUAGGAGGCAUUUGCUUUUUUGAACUUGUCUCAUGGUCACAUUUUUAUGAUUUUGUUUGUGAUCAGAAAAGUAGUUUGAUUUCAUGCAAGUAGAUGAACAGAAGCAGUGAGUGUUAGCAAGCAGAGCACAUGAGAUUUUCCUUGCAACAUAAUGUGGCAAUGUUAGAUCUGUAGGUUUAAGGAUUACAUGUUUGAAAUCAAGGCCUGUUUGGGAGGCCUUGUGCUUCGCAGAAAUUAUGAUUGAGUGGUUCGGUGAUUGGGAAUCUCUGUGACAAGUCACAGAAAUGUAUUGGGAAUACAUGUUUCUGCUCAAAUGAGUGUAUACUUUAAAUACGAUUAGUAGCUGUUAGGCUAGUAGAUCAGGGAUUUAAUAAAUACCCAUUCAGUAGAUCUGGGUUUGGCCCCGCCUUGCUGAUUAGGGCGUGGCAGACAUACCACAUGUACUUCUUAGCUUAGGUCCCAGGUCAUCUUUGGAUGCAUCGUCUGCAAAGUACUGGGUACCAAGGCACAUAUUCUGCAUUGCUCAGGCAGUGCAUUGGGAUCAAAUGGUGGAAAGUAUCAGAAAAAAGUUCACUGGUAAACUGAAUAUGUUGACCAAGGAAUUUUGACUGGCAUGUGCCUCUAAAUUUUACAAUAGAAAAAGACUCUGGUCAGAGAUCGUUGGGAAUAAAUGUUGGGAAUAAAUGUUGGAAAAGUGAAUCAACCGACUUAGGUCUGUUUUGGGGGAAAAUGAUUUAAAUUCCCAUUAAACCACUUGUACUUCUUAAUAUGACAGCAAUGAUUGUUGCUGGCUACCAAUCAGAGUGACCAAUGAAUUCACUAAAGAUUGCAAUACCCCAAUGAACAAUUAAAAUUGUUCAAUAUAUCAAUAUUUCAUGCUCCAGUUGUCUACCAGCUCCUACCUAUUGUAAGAAAAAAAAUUCAUUGCCCGACAUAGCGGGCUCAGUUUUAAAGAAAACUUGCUGCUUUUGCUUGUUUUGUUAUUUUUGUUACUAAUCCAAAUUUAUCGGCCCUUGUGAAAAACCACUGUUAUCUUCAUGGUAAUUUGUGGCCUGAUAAUGGGAUGAUUUUUGUUAAGAGCAUGGAACAUUGGGUCAUCUUUUGUAAUGAGUUAGUUUUGUUGCAGUUGUUUUAGAAUGCAGCAUUUUCACUACAGCCGCGAUAUAUACAUGUACAGAGCAGAGCCCUGUGUUUAUUCAAAGUAGCUUUCAUACUUACUAAAAUAUAGCUAGUGUUAAUAAGUAAUCUGGCAUUUUGUCAUUUUGUUUUGCGUGAUCAUGUACAGUAUAUUAUGCAGUAUUCAUUUACAAGUUGUGGAGCUCAUAGUUAGAUUUUAAAGCUCCAAUGAAAGCCUUUUCUUGCAAAAACAGUUAGCAGGUGUAGCUUACUUAGAGAAGUACAUUCCAGCGAGAAAUCAAUAUGUAAUUGUAACAAUCAAUCAGGGAAAAUCUUGAGACCAACACAAAAUUACAUUCACGAUUUCUCUGCUGAACUGUACAAUGCAGUCUUCAUUAUUACUCAUUGUAUGAUAAGUAUAAUUGUAUUCAUAGCAAUUUUGAAGGUGAGGCCUACUUGUUGCUGAUGUAAUUACCUCCAAAAGUAGUGAUUGUUUUGACCUCGCCUAAGCGGAAGUCCUAUCCAGUUUCUCAAGCAACCAAUCGCAGAAUGCGUAAACGAGCGCGAAACGCGUUUGAAACGCGUGUAAAACGCGGUCGCUGUUGUACGAUUCUGUAAAUUUACUCUUUUCCAGAUUUCUUUAGUUAGGCUUGUAAACAGGUUGCAAUUCGGAUAUUUUGUUUUUGAUAUAAUUACUCCAGCAUUGAUUUUUGGGGACUUCUGGACAUAUCCUCAUGUUAUUUAGGUAUGGUCUUGUGGAAUAUUUUUUUGAUUGCUUGUUAUAGGUAUACAUGUAGAAGUCCUUCCUUUUGCUCACUGGCUAGCUAUGUCUUAGCAGGGUUCCUUUCUUUAGUGUUAUUUUCAAGAACGUUUAGUUUGUUAUUUGUAGCCUUUUCGUAAUAUUUUCUUGUUGUUGUUGUCUUUGAUGUAGGCAGGAUUUCCCUUUAUUGAAGUAUAAGGGAUGGUUUUUCAGUAUCACUUUUUGCUCCUGCCUUAGUGUAUUUUAUCCAUCUUUUUGUGAUGGUGUGCUGACUGUUUUUUUUUUUUGGCCUUGAAGAUGAGAUGGUUAUGAUGUAAGCACCUUGAGCAGAAGGGAGGAACGUCAAUAUAUUUUUUAGCAGAUUUAGGAAGCGGGCUGCUAUAUAAAGCCGAGCUGUUGUUUUAAUGAGAUAUGUACACCACCUAGUGGUCAAUCAAGUUUUGAGAUUAAAAAAAAAAGACAUUUAUAGUAUAGAGUAUCAAUAUCGAAUGCAGAAUACGGACGACCUUGUAGUGUGUAAGAUUCCUCAGUAAAAUAUAUAUCCAUAUGUAUCUUCAUUUACCUUAUGUUUAGAAAGGGUAGACACUAUUGUAUGUGGUGAAUAAAGCUUUUAGCGCUUGUAACUGG